AUGUGGGCAGCCCAGCAGCGCCAGCACCUCGCCGCACUGGCCCAGCGGUACGCCUGGCUCAAGGCCCCGUACAUCAUCGGCGCCCCGAUGCGCGUCCUUGCCGGGCCCGAGCUCGCCGUCGAGAUGUCCGCCGCCGGUGGUCUCGGCUUCAUCGGACCGCCCGCCAAGAUCGCGGACGCGGCCGUCGAUCUGGCAACGGCGGCCAAGCUCGUUCGAGCGUCGCCCUCGCCCGCCCUGCAACGCCACAUCAGCAGCGCCGAGACCCUGCCGGUCGGCAUCGGCUUCCAAACGUGGACCACCUCCUUGAAUGAGGCGCUGGACGCUUUGCAGAAGAACCGGCCCUGCGCGGUCUGGCUCUUCGCGCCCCGACGCGGCCAGGAGGAGCUCGACGAGUGGACCGUCGCCUUGCGCAAGGCCCAGCCCGCGGUGCAGGUCUGGAUCCAAGUCGGCACAUUGCGAGAGGCCGUGGCGGCGGCCAGCAGCCCAACGCCGCCGGACGUGCUCGUCAUUCAAGGCUCCGAGGCCGGCGGCCACGGCCGGGCGCACGACGGCAUCGGCCUGCAGGCACUCCUCCCGGAGGCAUCUGACGCCGUGCGCGGGACCGGCAUCCCGCUCGUCGCCGCGGGCGGUAUUGUGGAUGGCCGGGGCCUCGCCGCUGCGCUCUCCCUGGGCGCUGUGGGCGGCGCCAUGGGGACUCGUCUCCUGGCCGCCACGGAGACGCGCAUCGCCGGCGGAUACCAGGCCGAGGUGGUCCGGGCGAGCGACGGCGCGGCGUCCACGGUGCGCACGCAGCUGUACAACCACCUGCGCGGCACGUACGGCUGGCCGGAGCAGUUCGCGCCGCGCACGGUGAUCAACCGCAGCUGGACGGAGCACCAGGCCGGGGUCACGUUCGAGGAACUGAAGGCGCGGCACGACGAGGCCGCUAAGGCCGGGGACGAGGGCUGGGGUCCGGAAGGGCGGCUGGCGACGUACGUGGGCGCUGCCGUCGGCUUGGUUCGUGAUGUGAAGCCCGCGGCGUCCAUCGUUGUCGAGACGCGGCGCGAGGCCAGGAAGACUUUGGCUUCACUCGUAACCUUCUUAGGAGACAGCGACUAG